CCGUCAUCAAACAAUCAUGGCGGACUACCGAGAGGCGCCCUUGGCUACCCGGCCAAAAACAUUGGAUCCAAAUGAGUAUUUCAACCUUUCUCCGGAUAUACGACGGGCCGAAGAGGACAGGGCCGCACUACGAGCCAAUCUGAAGAGGCAGUACCAGAUGCAACUCAAUAACCCUCACAGAAAAGAGCUCAUUGAAGACCCUGCCCUGACACGCUGGGUGUAUGCACGCACCAACCCCUACACGUACUUCAAGCCCACAUACAAGACCUCUCUGAUCGGUGCAAUGUUUGGAGUUGUGCCUCUCUUUGUCCUUUACUACGUCUUCAAGACAGACAGGGUAUGA